GGAAAACAUAAAGUCUUUACUAAUUGUUAAUAGGCCUUUUUCUUGCAUUUUAGUCUGAAAACUGGAUUCUUAAAGUGGAAACCAGAUUAUGAUAGUGCAGCUACUGAAUAUGGGAAGGCAGCUGUUGCUUUUAAGAAUGCGAAGCAGUUUGACCAGGCAAGAGAAGCCUGUUUACGGGAAGCUGAGGCACAUGAAAACAAUAAAGCUCUCUUCCAUGCUGCCAAAGCUUACGAACAAGCUGGCAUGAUGCUAAAGGAGAUGCAGAGACUCCCUGAAGCAGUUCAGCUGAUUGAGAAAGCCAGUAUGAUGUACCUGGAGAACGGGACACCAGAUACAGCAGCUAUUGCACUGGAACGGGCUGGAAAGUUAAUAGAAAAUGUGAGCCCAGAGAAGGCUGUGCAGCUAUAUCAGCAAGCAGCAUCAGUGUUCGAAAAUGAAGAACGUUUACGGCAAGCAUUAGAAAUGCUAGGGAAGGCAUCAAGACUUUUAGUCAGAGGACGCAGAUUAGAUGAGGCUGCAUUGUCACUUCAAAAGGAAAAAAGUAUUUAUAAGGAAAUUGAAAAUUACCCAACAUGCUAUAAGAAAACUAUUGCUCAAGUCUUAGUUCACCUUCACAGAAAUGAUUACGUUGCUGCAGAAAGAUGUGUGAGGGAAAGCUAUAGUAUACCAGGAUUUAAUGGCAGUGAAGACUGUGCAGCACUAGAGCAACUUUUAGAAGGAUAUGAUCAGCAAGACCAGGAUCAAGUUUCUGAAGUCUGUAAUUUGCCGCUUUUCAAAUACAUGGACAAUGAUUAUGCCAAGCUUGGUCUUACCUUGGUGGUCCCGGGAGGUGGGAUGAAGAAGAAAUCGCCAAACGCUGCACAAGACAAAGCAAGAGGACCAGCCGCAGUGGGUUCUCAUGCUGAUGAGGAAGAGGAUGAGUAUUCUGGUGGACUGUGCUAGCUACAGCCAUAGAUUGUCUUAAAUACCUGACUUAUUUGUGAUGUUGAACAUACCCAAAGGUACCAGAUUUACCAGAGCUUUAUUGCAAUUGUGAUAUGGGAAUGCUAAUAUUAACUUGGCAGCUUCUGG